UUGCUAAACAGAGAAAAGAAUCAAAUGAUUUAUAUAAAAUACUCUCUCUCUCUUAAUCACUGAUUAAUCCUCUUCACCCACGCUCGCUUCUAUCGCGGCCCUGUCCCUCUCUCGCUCUAAUCAAUGGCCGCGUCGCAAGCAAGUCUCCUGUUGCAAAAGCAAUUGAGAGAUCUCUGCAAGAAACCCGUUGAUGGAUUCUCUGCUGGCUUGGUUGACGAAAGCGACGUGUUUGAAUGGAGCGUCUCAAUUAUGGGACCCCCUGAUACUUUAUAUGAAGGGGGUUUCUUCAAUGCCAUCAUGAGCUUUCCAAAGAACUAUCCAAAUAGUCCUCCAACAGUCAGGUUCACCUCAGAGAUGUGGCAUCCGAAUGUUUACCCAGACGGAAAGGUUUGUAUAUCGAUUCUUCAUCCACCUGGUGAUGACCCAAACGGCUAUGAGCUUGCAACUGAGCGCUGGAGUCCAGUCCAUACUGUUGAAAGCAUCGUUUUGAGCAUUAUAUCGAUGCUUUCCGGUCCUAACGACGAGUCUCCUGCAAAUGUUGAUGCUGCGAAACAAUGGAGAGAUAGCAGGGAGGAGUUCAGGAAGAGAGUAAGUCGAUGUGUUAGAAAAUCUCAAGAAAUGUUGUGACACUAUAUAUUGCUGCAUAGCUUCUGCAUAUCUUAAUCAAGGGAAGAACUGGUGGCCAUCAGACCCUUCAGUGAACCAUUUAGAAUUCGUUGUAACCUGCACCUUCUGUGCAUAUCUUGGGGUGAUAGCUAUCAGUAUUGGAUAUCUAUAUAUGGUUUUGAACUUGGCUUUUCGUGGAGUUGUAUGAACUUCAUUGGUUUCUUUGUAUCUUAAUGAUUUUAUUUUCUUUAUGCUGAAACAAGUACAAUAGUAGUUUACUUAUAAUACUCCUUUCAUUCUUUCUUCUA